AUGUUCAUAUGUAGACGAUUCUUUCAUCAAAGUCGAAUACGAUCAAUUUAUAAAUUAAGAGAUUAUCAACAUGAUGCAAUUGAUUCAGUUUUAGGUCUAAUUGAUAAUGGUGUUAGAAGAUCAGCAGUAGUCAUAGCUACAGGUGGUGGGAAAACAGUUAUAUUUUCACAUUUAAUCUCAAAAUUAAAACCAUUUAAUGUUGGCCGUGGGAAUAAAACAUUAGUUAUAGCACAUACAGAAGAAUUAAUAAAACAAGCAAGUGAAAAGAUACAAUUAGUCAAUCCUGAAUUGAAAGUUGAAAAAGAGAUACGAAAAUUGAAAGCUUCAUCUAAUGCAGAUGUUAUUGUUGCAAGUAUACAAUCAAUAGUUAGGCGAAAUAGAUACGAACGAUUCAAUCCAAAUGAGUUCAAAAGUAUAAUUAUUGAUGAGUGUCAUCAUUCUACUGCUAAAUCAUACAUGAAGAUCUUGACUCAUUUCAAUGCAACAAAUUCAAAUUCUGAAAUUUAUGUUAUUGGAUUCACUGCUACUUUGACCAGAUUAGAUAAUAAUGCAUUAAAUAAAGUGUUUGAUAAAAUUGCAUAUGAAAGGUCACUAAAUCAUAUGAUUGAUAAUAAAGAGUUGGUAGAGAUGAAAAUUUCAAUCUCGGACAUAAAGGUUAAUUUAAAUAAAGUAGUUAUCAAGGCUUCAGAUUAUGAAUCUAAUUCCCUAUAUCAAGAGUUAAAAAAUAUGGAAUUUAACGAAAUUAUUUUAUUAUACUACUUAAAACUACAAAAGCAAUAUCAGUAUAAAUCUACAAUGGUCUUUUGUGUCAAUAUUGAACAUUGUCGUGAAUUAUGUGGAUUAUAUCAAUCGUAUGGAAUUAAUGCACAAUAUGUCACUGGAGAAACACUGAAAGUUGAAAGAGAAAACAUAAUUGAAGAUUUUAAAAAUGGUAAAAUUCCCGUAUUGUGUAAUGUUGGUGUUUUCACUGAAGGUACAGAUAUUCCAAAUAUCGAUUGUGUUAUAUUGGGGAGACCUACAUUAUCUAAAUCAUUAAUGAUCCAAAUGGUAGGUCGAGGACUAAGAUUACAUGAAGACAAAACACAUUGUCAUGUUUUAGAUCUAGUUGGAUUAACAUUGGACGGAUUGGAAGUUAAAUCAUCAUUAGAAGGCAAAGAUUUAAAAGAAAAACAAAAACACGUCCAAGAAGAAAAUGAAGAAUCGAUUGAAAUAGAUGAAGAGGAAAUACCAUCUGAAACUCUUGAAAGUGUGAAACAAAGAAGAGAAUUAGCAAUUAAAAAUGUACUUAGAUUAUUAGACUCGGGUUUGUUCAAGCUAAAGACUGUUGAUGGAACUAGCAUACCUGAGCACUGGCUACAUGAUAAUCAAACACUCACUUCAAUAUUUGCAAAAGGUCCUUGGCCAUGGGUUAAUGUCAGAAAUGGUCAUCUAUGGAUAUUACAAAUUUCUCAAUCUGAAUUUAUAUCAGUUAGGAAAAAGGGAACAAUAAUAGGAACAAUAUUUGAAUUAAGUCUUAACAAAUUUCCAGAAUCACAAUACUCGGAACCUGAAGAAAUUAAGAAGAUAUAUUCAAGUUCAAACCUAAUGGAAAUUUUCGAAAAAAUAGAACUGGAGUUUAAAGAUGAAGUUCAAAAAACUAAACGCAUGAAUGUGUAUUAUAAAUUUGCAACUGAAAAGCAAAUACAAUAUGUUUUGGGCUUGUACAAUGGUAGAAUAGAAGGAUAUUUCAGAAAAUAUCAUCGAAAUCAAUAUGGGAAAUUACCACAAUUCAAACAAUCAGUUGAGAAAGUACUUCAAAAAGAGAGAUUAGGAUUAAUGAGUAAGUUUAUCACAGCUUUAAGAUAUGGUCAAAACAAUAGCUAUACAUUUAUUAAAUGGAAUAGUAUAUUAAAGAAAGCUGGUAUAGAAAUGAAUAAUAUAUAG